CAGCCCCCAAUUGCCCCAAUUGUAGGCCCCACCCCCGCAUACAAAACCCAUUCUCCUCCUCCCCUUCCAUCCCCCUAUCUCAUCCACUUCUCCUCCACCGCCGCCUCCUCCUCCUAGCACCACCUUCUUCUUUUGAUGGAUAAGAGUGAAAGGGAGACUCAUGACUUCAUGAACGUGGAAUCCUUCUCUCAGCUUCCUUUUAUCCGCCCUGCACCCGUCAAAGAAAAGGGAAUUCGUCUCUUUGGCAUAGAAUUUGGAGGAAACGACCCAAGUGCGGCGGCUGAUGAGUCUGCGUCCGCCGAAACUAAUGAAGAUAGUAAUGCAAAAGAAAGCGAGACUAGUGGAGAUAACAAUAGAAGAUUUGAGUGUCAUUACUGUUGUAGAAAUUUCCCUACUUCUCAAGCUUUAGGUGGCCAUCAAAACGCACACAAAAGAGAACGCCAACACGCCAAACGAGCUCAUCUUCAGUCGGCAAUGGUUCACAACAGUCUCUCUGAUGCUCAUAUUUAUGGGCUGGUGAACUACAGACUAGGCUCAACUCCAACCCCACCCAUGUCUUACCCUUCAUGGAAUAGCCACGCCACUAAUUCUAGGUUUUAUGGUAGCCAUGGCUCUUAUUCUCAGCAACCCAUCAAUGGAAGUCCAUUAGGCUUGUGGCGGAUCCCAGCCGUUCAUGGUAGUGCCACUCUUCAUCGAGACCGUUCUGUGCAUCCCUUGCCUUUAUUUUCCGGCGAAGAGAUGAAGCACUCGCAGGUGGGUGGCUCUAGCACGCAGGGAAGAUACGGGUACGAGUCUAAGCCAAGCGUCCAGGAUCAUGUGAGUUUGGAUCUUCAUCUGUAAUCGAUAUAUAUAUAACUUGAACACAUGAGAAACCCAGAUUUUCUUUUAGCUGCUAAUUAGUUAAUCUCUUUAUCUUGCAAAUGAGACGAUUCUAAGAACACCCAUUAGCCUUUUCAACCUCUUCAUUCUAGUAUAAUUAAUGAAAUGAUCCAUUUCCUCUUGAA